CCCGCCCGCCGCGCUGCCCCGACACGGAGCCCGGGGACCAACGGCCGCGGCCGCCUCCCGCCCCGCCCGCUGCCUCACGGCGGCCGCCAGCCUGGGCGCGGGACGGCACGCAUGCGCGGGAACGGGGACUUGUUGCUCGGGCCGAAUAGCACUGUCAUGUGUGGCCUUCUUGUAGAGGUGUGAUAUCCCCGAAGUAGUGCAUAUAGGCCUGUGAUGAGGACCUGCAGCCUUUGAUUCCAAAGGAUAGAGCUUUUUGGGGAAAGGCAAGAUGAGCCCUUUCUUCUUUCUGGGUAUUGGACAUUCUCAUCUGGCCUAUUCUAGGAAUAGAAGUGGAUUUUUCAACUCAACAAAUGAAACUUACUGCUACAGCACAGCCCAGGGCAGCACAGUGCUCCAGGGAGUAACUUUCGGUGGAAUCCCAACUGUCUUGCUGCUUGAUGUCACCUGCUUUUUUAUUUUAAUAUUGUUGUUUUCCAUUAUAAGGAAGAGGUUCUGGGACUACGGACGCGUUGCUCUUGUGUCAGAAGCUGAAGGUGGAGUAAGAUAUACCCACUCAUCAGCAUCUUCAUCAGCACCUGAAGUUCUUGAAUAUGACAGUGGCUUUUGUUCUUGGAUGGCGGCUGCUUUUCGGAUGCAUGAUGAUGAGAUUCAUGAUAGAUGUGGUGAAGAUGCCAUACAUUACCUUACCUUCCAACGUCACAUCAUCUGCUUGUUGGUUGCUGUCAGCAUUUUGUCUGUUGGUGUCAUAUUGCCUGUCAACUUAUCAGGUGAUCUUCUUGUUAAAGAUCCCUACAGUUUUGGAAGAACAACUAUACAGAACUUAGAAACUGGUAACAAUCUUCUUUGGCUGCACACAUGUUUUGCUGUUGUUUACCUGAUUCUGACUGUUGUCUUCAUGAGUCAUCACAUGAAAACAGUCACAUAUAAAGAAGAAAAUAUAGUUAAGUGCACAUUGUUUAUAACUGGUCUUCCAAAAAAUGCAAAACAAGAAGCUAUUCAAGGCCAUUUCAUUGCUGCCUACCCAACUUGUGCUGUGCUGGAAGUCCAGCUAUGUUAUGAUGUAACCAGGCUUAUUCAUCUAUUUAGAAAAAGAAAUGAGGCAGAAAGAAGCCUGAGUUACUAUAAACAUAUGUAUGAGAAGCAUGGCAGUCAAGUCAAAAUCAACCCUAAGCCAUGUGGUCAGUUCUGCUGCUGUGAAAUGAGAGGAUGUGAAAGGGAAGAUGCUGUAGAUUAUUAUACUAGAGUUACAAAUGAACUGGUUGAAGAAUUCUCAAAAGAGGAACAAGCAGUUCAAAACAAACCACUAGGAAUGGCAUUUGUAACAUUUCAUGAUAAAUCCAUGGCAACCUAUAUCCUUAAGGACUUCAAUGCCUGCAAAUGUCGGAGUAUUAAGUGUAAGGGAGAACCCCAGCCAUCGUCCUACAGCAAGGAAUUGUGCGUAACAAACUGGGAGGUUAAAUAUGCUCCGUAUCCUGAGAAUAUAUGUUGGAAUAAUCUUUCGGUGCGUGGGCUGAACUGGUGGGUCAGAUGGUGGUGCAUUAAUUUGUCUCUUCUUAUUUUGCUGUUUUUUCUUACCACUCCAUCCAUAAUCAUAUCAACCAUGGACAAGUUCAAUGUCACUAAACCUAUUCACUACCUUAAUAAUCCUAUCAUCAGUCAGUUCUUCCCAACACUCCUGCUCUGGUCCUUCUCAGCUUUGCUGCCAACAAUUGUUUAUUAUUCAACAUUGCUGGAGUCCCACUGGACAAAAUCUGCGGAGAACAGAAUAAUGAUGCAUAAAGUCUACAUAUUUCUGAUCUUCAUGGUAUUGAUUCUGCCUUCCCUUGGUCUUACUAGCCUUGAUUUUUUCUUCCGUUGGCUGUUUGACAGAGAGUCAUCUGAUUCUGCCAUUAGGCUGGAAUGUGUCUUUUUGCCUGACCAGGGAGCAUUCUUUGUGAACUAUGUGAUUGCCUCUGCUUUUGUUGGCAAUGGGAUGGAGCUGCUGCGCCUACCUGGCCUCAUCCUUUACACCAUACGCAUGAUAAUGGCCAAGUCUGCUGCAGAAAGGAAAAAUAUUAAACAGCAACAGGCAUUUGAAUAUGAAUUUGGAGCAAUGUAUGCCUGGAUGUUGUGUGUGUUCACUGUCAUCAUGGCCUACAGCAUUACAUGCCCCAUCAUUGUCCCGUUUGGGUUAAUAUAUAUGCUCCUGAAGCACAUGGUUGACCGUUAUAACCUUUACUAUGCAUACCUCCCUGCUAAGCUGGAGAAAAAGAUGCACUUUUCAGCAGUGAACCAGGCACUUGCAGCUCCAAUUCUCUGCCUUUUCUGGCUUUAUUUUUUUUCUUUUUUGAGAUUGGGCUUUAAAGCACCUACAACAAUGUUUACAUUGCUAGUUGUAAGCAUCACAAUUGCUGUUUGCGUGGCUUAUACUUGUUUUGCGUGUUUCAAGCACCUGAGCCCAUUGAACUAUAAGAUAGAAGACAUUCAAGGUGAAAGUGGAGACAUAGAUGUACGAACCAUUCCGGCAUCUUCUAUGUACAUCCCUCGAGUUUUGCAACCUCGUUCUACAGAAAGGACGAUGUUUGCCCAUGAGGAGAAGCAAACAUAUGGUACCAUGGGCAACGAUACUUUAGGGGCAGAAAUCACAACCUAUUCUGCCCAAUCAGCAAUUGGAAGAAUAGCAGAAGGAUCCAUAUGAAUGCCAAGGACUAACACAAGGUGGAGCACUUGAUCCAACUUCAGAAGAACUGAUUCCUCACCAUUGUCUAUUAAGAAUUCUGAUUCACAGAUUACUGCCUACAGAAGAGAUACAGAAAUGAUUCAUUGUGUGGUCUGCAGCUGUGCUUGGAGAUUAAAAAGAGAUGCCUUGGGACUGAUUGUUUACCCUGCUGUCUACAAGCAUUGCAAAAUAAACAUUUUGAACACGGA